GCAGCAGCAGAGUUCCAUGACCAGGCAGCUGCCGGUCAUAUGGGUUUCCACAAGACGUUGGCUCGUGUGAGCCGCCUGUACGUCUGGCCGAAGCGCAAGGACUUUGUGAAGGACUACGUCGCAGAGUGUCCGACCUGUCAGGAGGUGAACAGUGCGAACCACUUGCCUUAUGGUUUGCUCCAGCCUCUUCCUAUCCCUGAGGGUCGUUGGCAGUUCAUCUCGAUGGACUUUAUCGGUCCUCUUCGUCCUCCGACCCCUCGCGGUCAUGAUGCUAUCAUGGUCAUCGUCGACCGCUUCACGAAGCGUGCACGCUUUGUUCCGUGUCGCUAUGCCAUCAGUGCACGUGAGGUCGCCGACAUCGUGUUCGACCGAGUUGUGCGUGACCACGACUUACCUCUGAGCAUCAUAUCUGCCCGUGACCCGCGCUUUACCAGCCGAUUCUGGAGACGGCUCCACGAGGUAUACGACACUCAGCUCCGCUUCUCCUCGUCUUACCAUCCUCAGACUGAUGGUCAGACCGAGAUCACGAAUAAGACUCUCGGAGAUAUUCUUCGAAAGAUUGUUCGUGAUGACCAGCAGUGGGAUCUUCAUCUUGCCCACGCGGAGAUAGCCGACAACCACGCCGUCUCACCAGCCACGGGGAUGUCGCCUUACUAUUGCGACCUCGGCUAUCACCCUCGUGUUCUCGCGGACUUCCUUCGACCGUCCCAGAUGCACCCUGACACGAGUUGUCGCGCGCUGGAUGAUUGGGUUGCACACGUGACGUCGAUUAUGAAGACCACACAUGAGCACAUAGCCGCUUCCCAGACUCGCAUGGCAGCACGUGCGAACCGAUCGAGAAUGGAUCAUCCAUUCAAAGUCGGUAAUGAUGUGCUUAUCGACGCCCGCCACUUACAGCUCGAAGCGGACACGCUUCGCAAGUUUCGGCGUCGCUUCUUUGGCCCAUGCCGCAUCCUCCAGGGCGUCGGUUCUGAUACGGCAUCUAGCCCGGUCAGCUUUCGUGUGAAGCUGUCCGACUACCUACGCCAGGCUCGUGCGCAUGAUGUCUACCACGUUUCGCUACUGCGUCCUUACCGCAGACUGUCUGAGCGUUUCGCUGGACGACCAUACGAGCGCCCUCCACCCAUCAUGGUGGACGGUCACGAGGAGUUCCUCGUUUCUGACAUCAUUGGUCGCCGAGUCACCGACGACAACCCUCCCCACGUCAAGUAUCUCGUACGUUGGAAGGGUUACCCUGAUGAGGAGGCUACCUGGGAGCCCCUCGAGCACUUGCAKCACGCUCGCAUGUUGGUGCGUGCCUAUGACCGUGCUCGUCGUGCUGGGUUCACUGCUCCUCCUCAGCCCACUGACCCUCCUCCUUCUCCUCCGGCUGAGGAGACCGCAGAAGUCGAGCCUGCUCCAUCUGAGGCAGACCUUCAGCAGCAGCCGGAUACUUCUGAGCGUCCACAGCGCACUCGUCGUCGUCCUGCUCGAUACGACGAUUGACUCUGACUUACCUUCCCACGUCUUUGACUUCUCAGUACUCCAUCCACAUCAGUUUUGCUACUUCAGCUCGUCGACGCUGCAACUCUUCCUCGACGGCAUUCCGGACUUCUCAUCGUGGACGUCAUCGGCAGCUUCAUGGACUUCAUCACGAUCAACUCUGCCUACUUCAGACGGCGCCACUCUCUUAUUACUCUACCCUGUACAGUACCCUGCUUGUGUCGCAUGGUGGUCUCCCUUUAGUCGGGUUCCUCUGAGUUGGGCUCUCCCUUGGUAUACGCAUAGGCAUCGGGACCG